UGUAUAUAAAUCAAUUUGUUUUAGUUAUAUUUUUUUGAAAUUAUUUUUUAUUGCUCUUUCUUAUUUAAAAAAUUGAAUACUCAUUUGAUCAUAAAUGAUGCAUUGAUUUGAUUUCACUAUCACUAAUACAUCAAUUGCACAUUUCAAAACGUUAUCCAUGAAACUUACAACCAAAGUACCUGUUUUUCAUUCAAUUUUCACAAUACUUCUGCAAUAUCUCUUCUUAUUAUUCGUUGUUCGUUUCACGUUGCUAUAACAAUGCAUUACCAAUGCAUUUACCAAUGCACCGUUCGUAAAACUUUGUCGUAAUGCGGUAUAGGCGUUCAUUUUUUGCACUAUUAUAUUGUUACCUUAAUGAUUAGGUUUCGUAAAAUUCAAGACUGAAAAAAAGACGGAAAAAAGUAGAAGAAAGAAUAAAUUAGUAAUAAAUGACAAAAUAACACGAAGAGUACGAUUAAAUGAAAAAGAGAAAUAAUAUGACAGUCUUCAUCUACUAUUGGACAUGGACGAUUCUAAAUAUUACGGAUAUGCAGAUUUAGAAUGGGCCAUUGGAAUAAACCGUUUCACUCUGGAGAUGACUGGUUUGUGGCCUGACGAGAAAUUAAGCCGUCGACAGAAGUUCUUGGCAAAUCUGCGCGCUUUUAUCAUUUUCAUAACGUUGAUUUUUGUGCAAAUAAUACCUUCGAUAUUCUCGUUGAUGAGGGUAUGGGGCGACAUGGUGGCAAUAAUAGAUAAUUUGCAAAUCACGUUACCCUUUUCAAUCUGUGCGACAAAAAUCAUCAUCAUGUGGCUUCGUAAAAAAGAUCUCGAAUCAAUCGUAAGCAUGUUGGUGACCGAUUGGAUUAAAACGAAGACGGAGGAGGAACGCGACAUCAUGAUAAGAAAGGCGAGAAUUGCAAGAACGCUCAUCAUAUUCGGCUGCAUCAUGAUGAUCUUAGCGAUAUUUAUUCUCAUCAUCCCGCCGUGUUUCGGUUACUACAUGAGAUACCUGACAAAUAUAACGGAUCCGGGAAAACCGUUGUUAUUGCAAACGUAUUAUUUGCGAGACAUGUCGGUGAGCCCGUAUUUCGAGAUCGCGUUCGUCGCUCAAGCUAUGGCUAUCAUACUGGGUGCGUUCACCUACACGGGUAUCGAUAAUUUUCUGGGACUGCUCGUCUUUCAUAUCUGCGCCCAAAUGGAGAUCCUCAGAAACCGAUUGCUUAAUAUAAAUGGAUUUAAAAAUUUUAACGUUGGAUUGUCGAUGAGUGUCCGGAAUCACAUACGUCUUAUCAGGUCCGUCGAUAUUAUUGACAAAACAUUCAAUUUAAUGCUCCUGGCAUUGUUAGUGUAUUUCGGUAUAUUGUUUUGUCUUCAAGGCUUUCUGAUCAUUAGUAUGAUUGAUGAUGGUGGCAACGUUUCCUUCGUGAGAAUAUGUUGGCUCGUAUCAGUACUCAUUAAUACUUUCGUUCAUAUGUGCGUUUAUUGCGUGGUCGGUGAAAUUCUCAUUGAAAAAUGUGAAGGCAUAUGUUAUGCGGCUUAUGAAUAUGCAUGGUAUACGCUAAAGCCGAACGAGGCUAGAAGCCUGAUGCUGAUAAUGAUUCGCGCUGAAAGGCCUCUCUAUAUUACAGCUGGAAAAAUAUUUCCAAUGACGUUAUCCUUGUUUUGUAGCUUAAUCAAGACGUCAGCUGGUUAUAUAUCCGUUCUGCUUGCUAAUCGAUGA